AUGCUCCUUUCCCUCGUGGUCCCGCUCCUCUGGUCGGUGAUGGCGCACGCCAUCCCGACGGGUCCCCCGGCAUCCGGACCCCAGCCCGGAACCCUCCCGAGCAGCACUUUCACGAUACCCGUCCGCGCCAACCCGGACUACGUCCCGGAUGGAGCCGCCCUCGCGGCCGCAUAUGAGAAGUGGAACAUGCCCGUACCGGAGGCCCUUGCGAAACAUACACUGACCCGACGCAGUGGAUACUACUGCAAGUUCCCCUCCACUCCACUCCUUUCCUCCAUUGUCGCAGCCAGAGCUACGGGCAACUUCUGGCUGACCGAUGUCUUCGUCGGGAAUCCAGAAAACCCACAGAAAAUCCCAGUCAUCAUCGACACCGGCAGCUCCGACUUCUGGUUGAUGACCACCGACACUAAGUUUGGUGACAAGGCAGCCAAGGGAUUGCCGAUUCUGUACGACCCUUCAAAGUCGACGUCGAGUCAAGAGGUCUCCGGCGCUACUUGGUCGGUUUCCUACGGGGAUGGCGUCACCAACUCUGGCAAGGUGUAUCUCGACACGGUCCGUUUUGGCCUUUUGACAGACAACAACCGCUUCAACAUCAUCAACGCUACAAUCCAAUCUGUGGUCAAUGUCGGCCAGCGUUGGGCGGUCGAGCCUCAAAUCAGUGGCGUCCUGGGCAUUGCGAAAAAUCGUCCAUCGAGUGUCCAGCCAAGCAGGCCGUCUAUGCUCGACCUUCUGAAGCCGGAGCUACACUUUGAAUGGAUUGGUAUCGACUUGCGGCACGAGUCGAACAAGGGGUUCUUCUCCUUCGGCUACGCGAUGGGUACUGCGAGCAUAAACGAGAAACCGAUGGACAGCGAGGAAGGCUGGAGUUUCCAGAUUAGCAAGACUCGGAUGAGCACCAUGGACGGCGGAGUGUGGUUCCGGUUUUCGUCGCCCUUUACUGCGAUAAUUGACACGGCGACCAGCUUCCUGAUGCUUCCUCCAUCACUGGUAGUUAAGUAUUACUCAGAGAUUCCCGACUCAGCAUUGGAUCCGGAUCUCGGGCUUUACAUCUUCCCAUGCUCCCUGGCAUCCGGAAUCCCCGACUUCCAGUUCAUAUCUGCAGGUGGAUAUGUUGGAACUGUCCCAAAGGAACACAUUAAUCUGGGACCUGUACCUGGCAACACUGACAAGUGUUACGGCGGUAUCCAAAAGAGCAGCGACGCCAACCGUGUCAUUUUUGGGAGUGUAGCGCUCAAGAGCAUGUAUGUUCAGCUGAACUACGGCGCACAGGGCAGCUACGUCGGGUUUGGCGACAAGGGAUCCCUCGAUGUAUGCUCAGCGACAUCUGCCUGUGAUGCGUGA